CGAAGGAGGGAAGGAAGAGAAGGCGGAAAAUUCUUCUCAUUUUCGCCCAUUAUUCUGUCGCGCGGCUCGGGAGGAGGACGGAAACGAAGGGAGAGUGUGUGAGAGUGUCGAGGGAAGCGAGAGGGACCUUGUGAUCGACGCAAGAGUGAUAAAUAAGAGAGAAAAUAAGGGAUAUUUGACGAGGUGUUGCAAAGAGGGGGCCAGAAAGAUGGCGUCGGGGGGCAGCAGCGUGACGCAAUGGCGACUGAUGACGAUGCUCCGCGACUACUUCACGCGCACCACCCCCUCCCUCGGCACGAUACAGAAGGAGUUGCCCGAGAUUGUGCGCAACCCUUUCCAGGCGUUUUCAGGCUCGCAGGAGGUGAAUGCGGAAGGCGAGACGGAGGUCAAGAAAGUCCCUGUUGCGACUAAACCAAGUGAAACUGCUGAAGUGAGACAAAGCGAAUUCCAGAAGGCCAUGAAGACAGUGAACGCCUACAUUCCACUGUACUUCUCGCAGGUGAAGCUGAAUUUCUCCAAGGGGGACGAGUCGCAGAGCAGCGAAAAGAAUUUGCCCAAAUGGAGGGUUAAGAAAGAUAAGAUUUCGAAGGCCAGCAUCGAUGCAAGGACUAGAUAUCUAGUGAGGGGCCUGGGAGACCACCUGACAGAGGGUGGGAGACUAAGAAAGCUGGAGGACCUUUGCGUUCAUCUGCGACAACACCCUGACGCCAAAGGUGUUGCUGUCAAGAAUGGAGGCAUAAGAAGGUUGCUCCGGAUUUUGACCAAAACGAACGACCGCUACGUGGAGUAUGAAGCGCGAGAAGCUUUGGCGUUGCUAGGCCACACCUUCCCGGUCAAAGGGCACGGCAUCCGGCUCUUGACAAUUGAUGGCGGUGGCGUCAGAGGUUUGGUCGCUUUGGAAAUACUGAAAAAAAUUGAAGAGGAAGCUGGCCAGCCAAUUUACGAGCUGUUCGAUUACGUGUGCGGUGUGUCGACAGGCGCCAUCUUAGCAGUUUUAUUAGGCGUCCACCGGUCUUCGUUAGACGAUUGUGAAAAAUUGUACCGUAGGCUAAGCACGCAGAUCUUCACGCAGACUACCUUUAAGGGGGCUACAGGUCUCUUCAUGAAAAAUUCGUACUACGACUCCGACGCAUGGACGGAGAUCCUCAAAGAAAACAUGGGAGAGAUGUCGCUCAUUGAAACUGCGAGAAAUAUAGAUACCCCUAAGAUGUGUCUUGUUGCCACUUCGGCCAACACCAACAGAAUCCAGGCCCAUCUCUUCCGCAACUACAAUCUGCCGUACAGGGUCACCGGCCACUACCAGGGAAGCUCUCUGCCGAAGCUGUGGGAAGCCGUGAGGGCCUCGGCUGCCGCGCCAGGCUAUUUCUCUGAGUAUAGUAUCGGCGAUCUCAUUCUGCUGGAUGGCGGCUUAUUCGUCAACAAUCCCACGGCGAUCGCCCUCCACGAGGCAAAACAGCUGUGGCCCGAGGCUGACCUGCAGUGCGUCCUCUCCGUGGGCACCGGCCGUCAUGAGCCCAUUGCCACCACCAGCGAGUCUUCCAUCAACUGGGGCACAAGAAUACGCACAAUCCUCAAUAGUGCCACUGACACUGAAGGUGUUCACACAACCAUGCACGACCUCCUACCAGGCAACGUGUACUUCCGCUUCAAUCCAUACCUCAGCGAUGAAAUUGGUCUAGAUGAGAUUGCUGCCGACCGUUUGGCCAUGAUGAUGGAGGACACGUCCCUGUACCUCCGCAAGAACGAGGCCAAGAUACAGGAGGCCGUCCGGGCGCUCGUCAAGAACAAGAAUCCCCUUGACCGUGCGAAAGACUGGUACCAGCAGCAGAGUCUUUUAUGGCCUGUGUAUUAGGGUUUUUUCUUCUUUUCUUUAUUCUUUUCUUUUUCUUCUUCCUUUUCUUUUCUUUUCUUUUCUUUUCCUUUCUUUUCUUCCUUCUCUUUUCUUUUCUUUUCUUUUCUCUCUUUUAUUUCAUUCUGGGUUAAAGAAAGUGCAUAAGUCUGUUGGUCACAGCUUGUGUCCUAGACUGUUUUUUUCUCGUACUUUAUUAAUGAGAUUAUAUCAGGAUAGUCUUACUUGUAAUAGAUUAUUCGUUUGAAUCUUUGGAUAUCAAGAUAGUCAUACAGUCAGAGUUCUUGUAUUUGAAGCAAUGAAGCACAGAUUAACAAGUAUUUUACAUUACUGGUAUUCAUUUUACAUUACUAUGUUGUGAAAAUGGACAUGCUUGAUUCAUGCAAAAUUCCACAAAAGUUUACAACCGUUCAUUUAACUCCAUUUCUUGUUCAUUUCAUGUGAGUGUCACACACUACAAUCUCUUUUCUUCAUUACCAUUAACCUCAGGAAACUAAUCACAGAUUAUUUUUAUAUAUUUUAUAGGUGCUAAUAUUAUUUUAUAGACGUUAGGUUAAUUUAUGUCGGAUAGCAGAAAAGUGUCAUCUCAAGUAUGACUUCUCUACUAGGUGUUCUGAAUAGUAUGCUGUUAGUUUUUUUCAGCUUUAUAUAUAUAUGUAUUGUAUGGUUUUUUUAUUUUUAUAGUAUUUAGUAGACAUUUUAUCUCCAGAUCUUUAUUGGUUGCCUAAGUAGGUAGAGUGUAUACAAGAAACUUUUUCUUUUUUCUUUUUUUUUCGUCUUUAACAUUAUCGUAUUUUAUCAAGAAAUUAUUGUUCCUAAUUUUUUGGAUCCUCUCAUUUAAUGAAAGGGAAAAAAGCUUAUAAAUAGCAUGAUAGAAAUUCUGAUUCGAGUGUCGCCUUUGAGAGCCGAAACAGCCCUAAAAUCCACAUUUGAUGUAUCUUUAGUAGUUACCGAGACCCUUCUAAAGAGUCCCUUUCAAGAUUGGUAAAACCACAGUUUAGAAGAGGAAAGCGAUUUUUAGCUGUUAAUAAGAGUAAAUAUAUAUAUAUGUAUGUUUAUAGUGUAUGUAUUUGAUGUAGUUAGAAUUUAUAUGAUGAUUUCUUACGCAUAUAACUUAAAAAGGGUAGAUUUACUCAAGAAAGAAAUUUAGAAUGGUAUGGUAUGAACUUAUAUAAAUACAUGUCUUGGAAAUAUGAUACACUACACAAAUGUUUGAUAUACCAUAUAUAUAUAUAUAUAUAUAUAUAUAUAUAUAUAUAUAUAUAUAUAUAUAUAUAUAUAUAUAUAUAUAUAUAUGUAUGUAUACAUUUAUAUAUAUAUGUAUAUAUAUAUAAUUGGACCAAUGGUAUCAAGUUUAUUUCAUGUCUAAAAAUAGGUAAUUAUCUGACCCAUAUGUGAUAAACACACCCCCUCCCAGUGAUAUCUUCUAGUCAUGUUACAAAUGAAAUAAUAAAGGAGAAGAAAUAUUGUAAAA